AUGUCCGUCUCCGCCGGACACUGCGCCGCCGCGCCCGGCGAAUCAUGUUGCUCCAUGUCACCCCGCCGCCGUCUCCACCGCGCCAGGCCCGCCAGGCCCGGAUCGGGCCCGCGGGGCCCAUCCCGCCGCCGGCGCGACCCUCGGGCGCCGCCCCGCGCGCCUCCUCCCUCCGUCGCCGCGCCGCCGCCGCCUCCAGCGUCGCCUCGCCGCGCCGGCGUCCGCUCGUCGGCGAGCUCGCCCGCCGCCGCCGCCGCAUCGACCAGUCUCCCGCCGCGGUCGCCGCUCCCGCGCGCCGGCGCCUCCAUCCGGUGGCCGCACGACCCCGCCGCCGAUGAGCUCCGCCCCGUCCUCCCUCGCCGGACCCCCCGCCGUCCAGGCUCUCCGGCGCCGCGCCCCUUCCAACUCCGGCAACCUCGGGCGCCAGAUCCCGAUCCAAAUCCCGGAGGUUGA